UGAGCGGGAGAAGGAAAUGGCAAAUCACUUUAGAAUCUUUGCCAAGAAAAGCCCAAAUAGGGGCUCGGAGAAUAGACUAUGAGAGGAACUACUUCAACAACAAAAGGCCAAAGACUGGUUUCCCAAGGAGGGAGCAACAUGAAAGUGGGGUGUCCCUAAAGAGCACAGGGACGCGCAUUAGUCUAGGAAGUAAUUAGCGUAAUACGAGAAGAAGGCGGAGCUACACCAGGAGUUCCCCACCUAUAUAGAACAGCCACUUUUCUUCGUUCCUUUCCGAGCCGGAAGCGGAAGUAGUAGCCUCCCAUGAUGCCCCGCGAGGAGGGAUUCAUUCAAACUGGCCGGCGGAGGGAGGAGGUUGUGAUGGCGGAGCCGAAGCCGGAAGUGGCGGCGGUCGAUGGUAAAGCGUGGGAUAUACGGCUCCUUGCCCAACUUUCAGAGUUGGAAAGGAUAGAGGAUUCAGAAGGAUCUUGUGCCUCCCAGACAGAACUACUUGAAUCUGCCUCAGCCCAUGGCCCUUCCAGCAACCCAGAGCAUCUCUGUCCUGGAGACUCCAUGGUCCCUGUGGUGUUUCCAGGACCUGUGAGCUCAGAAGGUUGCUGUAGAUUUGCCUGUGAGCUCCUAAAGCACAUCAUGUACCAGAGGCAGCAGCUGCCACUUCCCUAUGACCAGCUCACUGUCUUCUACUCUAAGCCUUCUCCUCAGGCAGAGGACAUAGUGAAGAAGAAAGCUGAGAGAAGCUACAAGAAAUUCCAGCAGGCCUUGGUAGAACUGGAAGGCAUCCUGAGCCACCUUGAGAGCCUCUUUGCCAGGACACUGGUACCACGGGUGCUUAUCCUUCUUGGGGGCAAUGCUUUGUGCCCGAAGGAAUUUUAUGAGCUGGACCUGGCUCGUCUAACUCUGGGCAGGAUGGGGCAAAGCCUCAGCACUUCUGCUUGCCUACGCCGUCUCUUCCGUGCUCUCUUCAUGGCUGAUGCCUUCAGUGAACUGAAGGCUGCUCCAGCCAUGGGCACCAUUGUCAUGGCCCAGGGACAUCGUGAGUGUGGUGAGGACUGGUUCCGCCCCAAACUCAAUUAUCAGGUUCCGAAACGGGGCCACAAGUUGACUGUGACCUUGUCUUGUGGGGGUCCUCCCAUCCCAGACUCUACCUGGGAUGAUUAUAUCUGGUUCCAGGCACCAGUGACACUCAAAGGCUUUCGUGAAUGAAAAGGUUUUGUGCUCUUGUGAGCAGCACAGCUGGUUCAUCUGUUUCACUGUGGGCCAAGUAACUUGCUUGCUUGACAGCUGAACUGUUCUUCCAACUGAGCUUCUAAGGAUUGUAUUGUGGGGAUACAUUGUAAUAACUGAGCAGCCAAGUCUCCCUGCUUAUCCCAGGGCUGAUUUUCCUGUGGGGUGAUGGGUCAUUCAGUCUAUAUUAGGGCUGGGAAGGAUUUAGAGGGGCUUGUGAUAGCUUUUGGAGAGAUUCCUCUUAACCUUGCUCAGCUGGGGAUGGGCCUGAGCUAUAUGCUUGCCUUCCAGUGAAAUAAUGUUGGUGUGACUGAGCAAGCUUGUAUAUAAAAAUGAAUGUAUUCAUAUUAAAUUCUCCUGGAUAUCCAUCGACUUAAAGGGACUUUCCAGGUUUGAGACCUUAGUGUCUUGUUUUCUUCUUUUACCUUCUCUGCCCCAGGGGUUCCUAGGCCACUCAUGUCAACUGCCAGGUUGAGACAAAUACUGGGAUUCUGCAAGCAGUACCAAAUUCAGAGGGUAUCAGUAUAAUUGGGCACUAAGUUCAGUUAAUAAACAUAGAUUUGAGGAAGGCCAGAAUCCUUCUCUCUACCCAGUAUGAAGAAUAGACUCCAGAUUUUAGGAUUCUUGAGCUUUGGAUUUCAUACCUUGACUUAAAUAGGGAGAUAAGUACAAAGAAGUGAUUUCUUUUUAUGGAAAGUUAUUGGCCAAGCCAGAGAGAAGAGGUGGCAGCAUCAGCUAGUGGAAUGAGCCUUGCUCUUGGAAUCAAGAAGCCCUGGAUUCUUCUCCUAGCUCCACUACUAUUAGUUUUUGGGAUCCCAAUCUAGUUAUUUCAUGUCUAGUUUUACCAUCUAAAACAAGAAUAAUGCUUGUAAUUGUGGGGAAUGUGUUUACUGAACCUCAAAUAGAGUUGUAAGGUUGCUAUUGUCAUUAUAAUAUUAUCACCUCCCUUAAAGUCUUCUCAUACAAGAUGAUGACUGGAUACAGUAGGAAAAAGUUGAGUUGAUCAGAGACUCUGGGUUCAAAUUCCACUUCUAAUGCUAAUUGCCUGUAUGAUUUUAAACAAGUCAUUUCAUCUCCCUAGGCCUGUUUCCUCGUCUGAAAAAAAUGAGAUUGGACUAAAUUAGGUGUUCUUAUCCUAGAGUCUCUUAAAUGUUUAAAAAAAAUUGGAUAACUAUUAAUGUAACAUUUCUUUUGUGGUCCUCUGUAUUUUAUAUUAUGUAUUUAAAAGCAUCAUUUCAGGUAUAGUAUACCUGAGUUUCACCAGAUUGACAAAGCGGGUCUUAUGACACAAAAAUGCUAGAUGCUUUUUGAGGUUCUUUUUUCGUUCUAGAUCUGUGACCCUUGGUUCUUAAAGGCUAUGGUCAGUACAUAAAUUCUGUCAGAUCAUAUCCUACUGAAAGGUAUUUGGGUACAACUACGGACCAUGUAGGAGUCACUCAAGAUCAACAUAUCUGGCAAAAGCCCAUCUCCAGUUUGAGUGCAUGGCAAUCAAUUUAAAAAAAAAAAUAAACAUGGUGAAUCUUGAAGACUA